AACGAGAGCGCACGUUGCAGCCAGAACACCGAGCCCCGCCACGUGUAACUCGAACACCUGCUGAGGAUCCCGCAGCGCCGCACGACCUUCGGCGAGUCUAGCAGCGCAGUUGGAGUGUAUCGGUGUGCCUUACCGCGAGUGCAACGCUGCAGUUGCAUAAACCGCCCGCACCGCGCCUAUCUGUGCCGGCAGCGUUGUAGCGGCUCCGGACGGUAUACACUGCGCUCGUAUUGCCCCGCCGUCAGCAUCGCCGCAGCUCUACCCAUACACGCCGGAUCGCGUCUGCGAUGGAGUUCUUCGAAGAUCCCCAGAACCCCGGCGAAGUUUACAUCCGCCUGCUUCGCCAGGAUCUGCUCGAGGAGCUCUUCUUUUCCAAGAGGCCCGGCCGACUCGUCGUGUGCAUGGUCGACCGCGAGUUUCUGGUGUACCGGCCGGAGAAGGAAGACGGCGCGGCCGCGGCGCCGUCCCUCGACCUCAUGGUCAGGGACGUCGGGCGCCUCCUCGACAAGGGCAGGCGGAACGGCUUCAGAAACGGCGCAAACUCAUCGGUCCACAUCUUCACCGACGUGGACCUGUACGACGUGUCCGACGAGCUUGCCAAGGAGCUAGACGUGAGGGUCUUCUGCCACUUCUUCCACCGGUGACGACCGGACGACAAGGCAGAAAGCCGCCAUCCCACUGCUAACCUGCAGACGUAUGUACGCUUAGAACUGUUUGCAGACAUGUUCUAAGCAUACAUACGCAUGAAGCAAACGUGUUUCGAACAUACGUGAUGUGUGCUGUCGCACAUCGUACUGUCAUCGUGUUCCCAGCGAACAUCAUGUCCUUUGUGUGAUGUGUGAGAGGAGCAACUGAGGCUAAAGAGGAUCGUGCCUUUGCGUAGGAUCGUGCCGCGGUUGACCCGCCGGUGCAAGUGUCGGACAAGACGUGUGAGAGGCGAGACGUGUGUCGCGUGACUGGAGUUUCCCGCGGUCCAGCGCGCGUGACGGUGUUUGCCGUGCUGCCCAGGCGCGAAAGCCACCGAGGAUACAACAUGCAUAUACCAAAGUGACCCUUGCACUGGGGCUUGUUCCUGCCGCUGGGGUUAGCCACGUGUUGACCCUUCUUUAUAAUUCAGCGGGUGCCGGUCGUUUCACUCAUUCUUAAACAUUAAAAAUAAAGUUUAUUGGGGAAAAAAAAACAAAGAAACCGCGUGUAACGGUAAUGCACCUGUAGUGUGCGCGGUUAUCGCUGUGUGAGGUGGAACCUUGAGUGUAUACGGCUUUGUACCUCCCCAUCUGUGUAAUAGCCGCGUGCCAGGUGCUUUUGUGCUCGUACAUUUAUAGUUUUUUUGUUUUGCUUUAUAGCGAAGCUAUUCAAUGUGGAUAAUAUAUUGAUUAAGAUUCUCCACUUCUAGUGUUUGCCGAUAAAUUUACAACUCUGCGUCAAACCAUGUGAACAAUCGAGUAUUGCUAGAGGGGUAAAUUUCGAAAAGUUUGAAACGAGGACCGCAUGAGCUUUUUUCACUCCUUAUAUUUCUCCCUUACUUUUAUUUUUUGUUUGCUUAUUUAUCUACGCCACCUCAUGUUCUUGUUCCUAUUUCAUACCCGUCAACGAGGGUAGGGUAAGCUGUGAUUUCUGCAAAGACGGGUGUCAAAUGUAUGCGCACAAUAAAGUGAAUACUAUUUUAACACUAA